AGUAAAUGCAAUACAAUGGCAAAUUAUAUUUAUUUAUUCAAAAUUUGCCUGAUUGUGGCAGCUUUAAUACAAUUAAUCGUAGCGGACACAUCAACCUUAGAACGCAUCAGGAAACAUCAAGAAUGGCUGAAUCGACACAACAAACUGAAAUCGGAUAAAGUGAAGUACCCCAAAUGGAAAUCAUCUUUCGAGCCGGCAAAUUUAUGGCGCAGAAAUAAGCCAGCAACAACAACGAACCAAAAUGCAAACAUCAAUGAGGCAUAUGCGGAAAACGAGACGAGCUUUGCUAAUAGUAAUAUUAAUGCUGGAUUGAAGCCCACAAUUAUCACAGAAACGACGGCACAACAAAUCAAUCAUACCAUGUCAUCAAAGAUACCAGAUGCGUUGACGACGGCUGAAUCAAUUAUCGAGACGAAAUCCCUGAAACCAGAGUUGGCAACGAUGCGGACAACUUUGCCAGAAGUCUCCUCAACUACUACAACUACAACUUCUACUACUUCGAGUACAACUUCUACGACAACUAAGAGGCCCAAGCCGAAGGUGCGACCCUUUCCCAGAUGGGCCAAUUGGAAUCCCUGGAGUGACUGUUCACGCAGCUGCGGAGGCGGCAUAAUGCAUCAGACACGCAAGUGCAUUGAUCGAAAUUCUACAUCAGGUAGAGUAUAUACGAGUGAUACUUGUGUCGGCCUCUCCAAGCGCUAUCAGAUAUGCAAUGACCUUCCAUGUCCAACGGAAUCAUUCGAUAUUCGUGCAUAUCAAUGUGCUGCAUACAAUAAAGUUGAUUUCCAGGGUCAUCAAUAUAACUGGGAGCCUUACAUAAAAGACGAUGCCGAAUGCGAGCUGAACUGUAAGCCGUUGGGCAUGAAAUACUUUGCUACACUGAACGAUACCGUUAUUGAUGGAACACCUUGCCAACGUCCAGCAGAAUAUUAUCGCUCCAAGUCGACUUAUGCGAGCCGCGCAAUGUGUGUCGAUGGCAUUUGCAAGGCCUUGCUUGCCAGUGGCUCCAUCAAGGGCCUCUAUGCCAAUAGCGGUUCCGUAAGCUGUGGCGGACUGCUCUGUCGUCCGGUGACUGGCAUCUUCACACGCGAUCCAUUGCCGGAGGAUGCGUAUGUCCAUGUGGCAUCAAUACCCGCUGGCGCCUCGAACAUCUCGAUUACCGAACUCAAAAACAGUGCAAAUCUACUUGUCCUGCGCACUGGCGAACAGAAGAGCAUCUUCAAUGGCGAAAAUGAGGUGUCGGAGAGCGGAUCGUAUGAGGGGGCAGGAGCAACUUUCGACUAUCAUCGCAUUGAUGGAGUUGAGCAGGGCGAGGGUGUUACGGAAUGGAUCACAUGCACUGGACCCAUUAGCGAGCCCGUAGAGCUCUUGGUCUAUAGUAAUAUACUGAAUCCAGGCAUUAAAUACGAGUACCUGCUGCCCAUCGUAUCGGACUCCGAGGAGAACGAGCUGUCGCUGGAGAGUAGCGACGGUUUCUUGAGAUCUGGCGGUGGCAUGGAGGAUGGCAGUUACGUGAGCAGCACACGUUCGGGACGUAGGCGGAAGUUCAACUGGAAAGUGGUCGGUUUCAGUGCCUGCACCAAAUCCUGUGGCGGUGGCACCCAAUCCCCCAUAGUACGCUGUGCCCGCGAGAAUCCUGUUCGCUAUUACUCGCAGCGCCGCUGCAGUCACUCGGAGAAGCCAGUGCUCAACGAGAACCUGCUGCACUGCAACACUCAGCCGUGUCCUGCAUAUUGGCGCCACGACGAGUGGGGCGAGUGCCGCUGCCAGCACGGUGAAUCGGUUCGCCGGCGUGAACUGAGCUGUGUGCAGGAGCUGGCUUCAAGCAUUGUGAUCCAUGUGGACAAGGCUGCCUGCAUGGAGGAGCAGCCGCCCAGCGAGAAGCAAUGCGAGUGCCCCAAGAGUCGUCGUCGCAACUUCUCCCGUUAUCGCAUGCAUCCCCACGUCGAUUCGACCAAUGGCACACAUCUGAUGCGGCACCGGGUACCCAAGACUGUGGGCGAUGCCGUUUGGCUUAUGUCCGAGUGGAACCAGUAUUGUUCCUCUGCCUGCGGACCGGGCAUUCAAUAUCGCACCAUAUUCUGCGAUCGACCCAAGACAAAAACUGAGCGCUGCGAUGCCCGUGACAUUCCCGAGAAUCGACGACCCUGUGAGCAGAGUGCCUGCGAAAUGGGCGAGUGGUUCGCUGGACCCUGGUCACCUUGUAAUGGAGACUGUUUCAAUUUGACCCGUAGCCGCACUGUGCUCUGCAUUAAGAAUCAACUCAUCACUGAUGAUGACGAAUGCAAGUUGGAGCUGAGACCACAGCCACUGGAGAAUUGUUCGCACGAAGAGAAUGAGUAUUGUGCUCCUCGCUGGCAUUACUCCGAGUGGUCGGAGUGCACCAAAUCCUGCGACGGAGGCACUCAGCGACGCAAUGUGAGAUGCCUGGAAUACGAUGAAAAGCAGAAUGCAUUGCGCGAAUCUAAUAAAUGCAGAUACGCAGUGAGGGAACCCAUCUUUCGUAACUGCAACGCCCAGAAAUGUGAAGAUCUGAAUAACGAACUGCUGCAAAACGAUGAAGCUGGCGCCGCAUGCAUGGAUAAAUUUCCGAACUGCAAAUGGGCUGUGCAGGCGAAGCUUUGCACCUAUGAAUACUAUCGGACCAAUUGCUGUGAAUCCUGCAUGCAGCUGCAUUAAAUCGAAUCGAAUCAAGUUGGACAUAUUGGGCUCUGGAUAGGAAAACAAAAAGUAGCUUUAUUUGUUGCGGAAACGAAAUCAGUGAUCUUUAUAAAGCAAAUUCUAACAUCUAUUCAUAAAUGUUCAUUAGUACAUAAUAUGCAUAUACAUACAUAUAUACAUACAUACAUAUACACAUAUAUGAUAAGCAUGAAGAUUUACAAGAAACAUACCUAGCCACAAAUUCUCAGUAUGGAUUCCAAUUUUACAUACGAGUGCAUUUACAUUUAUUAAUACCUUACCACAUAAGUACAUUAAAGCGUAAAAACAAUAAUAAUAACAGUCUACUAAACAUAUCUCACAAACGAAAAAUGUUGACCUGAAGUUGAUGGAAGUGCCACACUUAAAGAUAUUAUAUAAAUUUCUUUUAACUUUAUAAUAUGAA